ACACCCCCUCCCCCCUCUCUAAAAAACUGUUUCAAGAAAUAUUUAGAGAGAGAAAGAAGGAAAGGAAGCAUUAAACUUUAAGAAAAAAAUGACUCUUUCAACUCUCUCAUCAAAAUCUCUCUACAGCAAUGCCAACAACCUCCUUAAACAAAACCAACAACAACCACCCACUUUCUCUUUUGUCCCUGGAAACAAAACCCACAUGUCAAAAUCCCACCUUUCAAUCUCUGCCGUCGCUGCCGAGCGCACCAAGAAUUCAGUGGCAGUGAAGGCUGCCCCAGGGACUGGAAAAUGGUCCUUGGAGAGUUGGAAAACGAAGAAAGCAUUGCAGCUACCAGAAUACCCUGAUGCUCAUGAGCUUCAGUCAGUUUUGAAGACUAUUGAGGCGUUUCCUCCAAUAGUUUUUGCUGGAGAAGCAAGGAAUUUAGAGGAGAGGCUUGCUGAGGCUGCAAUGGGGAAUGCUUUUUUGUUGCAAGGUGGUGAUUGUGCUGAGAGUUUCAAGGAGUUUAGUGCCAUUAAUAUAAGGGAUACGUUUAGAAUUAUGCUUCAGAUGAGUGUUGUGCUAAUGUUUGGAGGUCAAAUGCCUAUCAUUAAGGUGGGAAGAAUGGCAGGUCAAUUUGCAAAGCCAAGAUCAGAUCCAUUUGAGGAUAAGGAUGGAGUGAAGCUGCCAAGUUACAAAGGGGACAAUAUAAAUGGAGAUGCUUUUGAUAAGAAGUCACGAAUUCCAGACCCACAGAGAUUGAUAAGAGCUUAUAGCCAGUCUGCCGCAACUCUCAACCUUCUUAGGGCAUUUGCCACUGGAGGGUAUGCUGCAAUGCAGAGAGUUACACAGUGGAAUCUUGACUUCGCACAGCACAGCGAGCAGGGGGAUAGGUACCAAGAACUAGCUCAACGGGUUGAUGAGGCCUUGGGAUUCAUGGCUGCGGCAGGACUCACAGUGGAUCACCCAAUCAUGACAACUACUGAAUUUUGGACAUCCCAUGAGUGCUUGCAUCUUCCUUAUGAACAAUCCCUCACAAGGCUUGAUUCAACUUCUGGUCUCUAUUAUGACUGCUCUGCUCACAUGCUUUGGUGUGGAGAGCGCACUCGCCAACUGGAUGGUGCCCAUGUGGAGUUCCUGAGAGGAAUUUCCAACCCUAUUGGCAUUAAGGUGAGCAACAAGAUGGAUCCAAAUGAGCUAGUUAAACUCAUUGAAAUCUUGAAUUCUAACAACAAGCCAGGAAGGAUCUCAAUCAUCGUUAGAAUGGGUGCUGAAAAUAUGAGAGUGAAGCUUCCCCACUUGAUCAGAGCUGUCCGUAGAGCAGGACAAAUUGUGACAUGGAUCUGUGAUCCAAUGCAUGGAAACACCAUCAAGGCACCUUGUGGACUCAAAACACGCCCCUUUGAUGCUAUUUUGGCUGAGGGGCGAGCAUUCUUUGAUGUGCAUGAGCAAGAAGGAAGCCAUCCUGGAGGAAUUCAUCUAGAGAUGACUGGCCAGAAUGUGACUGAAUGCAUUGGAGGGUCUCGGACAGUAACUUUUGAUGACUUGAGCUCUCGAUAUCACACACAUUGUGACCCAAGGCUCAAUGCUUCUCAAUCACUUGAGCUCGCUUUUAUCAUUGCUGAGCGACUCAGAAAAAGAAGGGUAGGAACUCAACGUCUGCUUUCCUCGGGCCUGUAGACAACUCCAAAACGCCCGUGUUAUUUGUAUGGGCAUUAGACUAAAUGUAUUUUGUGGUCAAUAAGUUUGCCAUGGAUCAUCUAUCAAACCUUGGUUUGUAGCCACCAUUUAUUGCUGCUGCACUGGUAUAACAACGAAAGCAACUCGAAAAGUCUUGAGAUGAACUGAACAUCUGCAAGAUAUAUCUUCUCCCAUUUCUCAAGCCAAUUCUUUCUGUGAAGGGUUUUUGCUCCUGUGGCUGAUGCGGUGUCCUCUGAGUGGAAGCUGCUAUUUGCAAGGUGUUGCAGAUAACUUGGUCAAUUUGUUUUAAUUUUUAAAUAAGCUUUUAGUUUAUGUAUUUAUGAACCUUUAAUCAAGGAAAGAAAUUUUAAAAA